AUGGAGCUUUUGCUCGUCCUUCUUUGUUUUCAGGUGCUACCCAGUGCCCUUUGCUUCAAAAGCGGCUCGCACCUUGAAGGUUUCCACAGCUUGAGCUCGUUGCACUCGUUCGCCGACGAUGACCCUUUCGCCGCCAACAACCAUGUGAUCAAUCCCUGGGACGAUCCUCGAGUCCAAGACCUCCUAUGGGACGGGAAGCCUCUACCUUCUGGCGAGCCGAAGAGAAAGAGAACUGUCCUACAACAUAGAGCUACCGGCGGUCGCACGGUCAUUCCGUCAACAUGGCCGCAUCGACACUGUCUAGGGUGUUUCAAUGCCGCAAGCGGAGACAGACCUGACAUUGGCGACCUCAGCACUGAGUACCUGGUGACAGAACUCCUCAAGAAAGAGCCAGAGAUGAGAGACUUGUGCGUCUUUUACACCGGCGUGCCCAAUGAUGAGCGACAGAACACCGCCAAGGGACAAUCACUAGGUCCUCAGGAGAAUCUCUCGCCGAGUGCAGCAAGAUGGGCAUGUGACCGUCAAAUGUAUUCUCUCUGGACUCUUUUCCCUGGUAGGGACGACAACGUGGCACCUCCUGGAACCGUACCCGAUGACAGCAUCAAUAAGAAGAAUUUCUGGGAGAUAGACCGACAAGACAGCUGGCUCUAUCACUUGAAGGACCCUCCCACCCGAUUCACUUACUUUGAGAACAUGUCUCGCGCGAUGGCCAGACGCUGCUCAGGGAAAAUCUGGGUGUACUCCCUCAACCCGACGAACCUGGCUCAUUAUGGUACACAGCAACCGCCUCCCGACAACAACAAUGCCCACAGCAUCUGGAACACCGUCGAAUACCGAGAACUGAAGGCUCAAAACAAAUGGACACAUCUCAUCAGCAUUGACGCCAGCACGGGCGAUAUGCACCUUCUCCGGAUGUCAGAUCAGUCCCGUAUUGGCCCGUACACAGGAUCGGUGCCACGUGCUCUCGAGUUUCUCAACUCUACUCUGGGCAAGAGAGAUACUUGCACCCAGAAUCUUCUCUACCAGGGCCCCGGAGAUGAUUGGUUUGGUACUGGACGUCGCAGUAGCACCCGAUGA